GUGGGGGAGGUGGUCACCCGCGAGGGGGCGGCAGUCGUCGCCUCAAGGGUUCUCGCGUGAAGGACGCGCUUCAGGAGAGGCGUUUCAGCAAGUAGGGAACAUGACCGCGUGGCAAAAGAAGACACCUCUGGAAUGGCUGACGUAUGUGAAUAAAGAAGUCGGAGUUCUGGCUGCUGAGAAACACAAAUAUCAAGGGUGGGUCUUAACAGUUGACCCAGUAUCAGCCAAUAUUCUCCUGGCGCAUCCUCUUGAGAAUGGGAAAAUGUCCAUUUCAGCAGUCCUGGGCCAUGCAGUGCAAGAUGUUGAAAUACUGACUGAAGCAGAUGAUGAGAUGAAAGAGAAGCUUGCACACCUCUUCAUGCCUGAAGAGAUGCGAAGGUGUAGUCAAGAAGAGCUGGAGAGAAAGAAAACCAGUCUGAAGGAUUGGCUGGAGACAAACCAUAUUCCUGUGAAAGAGAAAGGAGAGUCACAAACAACGCUGUGUGUUGCAGGAGUAUUAACUAUUGACCCACCCUAUCGGCCAGAAGACUGCAGUAGUUCCAAUGAAAUAAUUUUGUCCAGAGUCCAAGGAUUGAUACAGGGUUAUCUUGCACUUCAGCAAUGUCAGAUAUAGUUCUCAAGCAGGGGAAGAAGUUUAAUUUACUUGUCAAUGAACUGCCUUUUCUCUCCACGGUCUGGCUUUUAAUCGUUGUCGAAAUAUUUGUCGCUGUUGAAGUUAAAAUCUCCUGGUUCACGGAACAGCCAGCUUAAUUGGAAGCAAUGUGCAGGCUGCAUAUAAAAGUUAGAUUUUGCCUGACUUUGCCUUUCGUUUUGGGAUCCUGGAACUGGUCUUUCUCCAAAAGAACAAUUUGUAGGCUUGUAUGUGAAAAUGUCCCAACAAGAAUAUCACAGCUGCUAGUACUUCCUCUUGUCAUCCAGCUAUAAAAUAUUUAUGAAUCGUCUGUAUUGAAAUAGUCCAGGCACUGUCCAUUCAUUAAAGAUCUAAAGCACACCAUACAGGACAAUCAGUUUUCUUUAAUAU